AAUUUUGGUAGUAUUUAACAUGUUUUUAUUCCAUCCUCGUCAGCAUGUUUUUUUGACUAGGAUCCGAGUCAUCAUCUUCAUCAUCAUCACAAUAUAAUAAAAUCAUCAUCACAAUAUAAUAAAAUCUAUCUUUAAUCUUUAUCUUCAUUUCCCAAUUCCCGAUUCAUUCUUCCUUUCACAACAAAAUCUCGUUGCUUCUUCUUCCAACAACAACUUCGUUUCUUCAAAACCCACGUUUACACUUCUGGGUUUGUUUCAAAAUUCGUUCUUUCUUAUUUGUAGCUAACCUUUUUCUACCUCUAAUUAGGUUUCUUGAAGUUAGAAGAAGAAACAAAAAACCAUCUUUUUCAGCUUCAAGAAUCAAAACCAAUCAUUGUAUUGUACUGUUUUGAUUUAUGCUUAAUUUUUCUAAUUGGGUUUCUUGAAAUUAGAAGAAAAAUAACAACUUUUUAGCUUCAAAACCAAUAAUUGAUUUUAUUUUACCGUUUGGAUGUAUGCUUAAUCUUUCUAAUUAGUUGAUUUAAAUUUAGUUUAAUUUGGUAAUCGUAUUAGCUUAGGAGUUAGAAAGGUUAGAUUAUCAUCUUGUUCAAUUCAACUGUAAAUUUAGUUAGAUUAAUUUAACCCUUUGAAGUUCUUAGGUUUUAGAAGGGUAUUAAUAUUAUUGUUCAAUUUAGACUUUUGAUCAAGGUAGAAAAAAUGGAUCAUAUUAGUAAUGAAGCUAGUGUAGAUCAUUUUCCGAUUGGUCCUUCAGACAUUCUUGGUAAGACAAUUGCUUUUAGGGUUCUAUUCUGCAAAUCAAUGUCACAUUUGAGGUAUCAAAUAUUUCAAUUGUUGUUAGGGUUCUUGUAUAAGUUUAAAGGGGUGUUGAAAUUGAAACCCUUUUUAUCAUGGUUUCAUCCAAGAAACCCACAAGGGAUAUUAGCAAUGAUGACAAUAGUUGCUAUAUUGUUGAAACGUUACACGAAUGUGAAAGUUAGGGCUGAAAUGGCAUAUAGGAGAAAAUUUUGGAGAAAUAUGAUGAGAAGUGCUUUGACUUAUGAUGAAUGGGCUCAUGGUGCUAUGAUGCUUGAUAAAUUGACACCAAAGAUGAAUGAAUCGGAUCUUUAUGAUGUUGAAUUGGUGAGGAACAAACUUCAAGAGCUUCGUCACCGUCGACAAGAGGGAUCUCUUAGAGAUAUUAUGUUUUGUAUGCGUGCUGAUCUUGUUCGAAAUUUAGGCAAUAUGUGUAACCCUGAACUACAUAAGGGUAGGCUUCAAGUGCCUAAAUUAAUCAAGGAGUACCUUGAUGAGGUAUCAACACAGUUGAAGAUGGUUUGCGAUUCGGAUUCUGAGGAGCUAUCGUUGGAAGAAAAGCAUGCUUUCAUGCAUGAAACUAGACAUGCUUUUGGGAGAACAGCUUUGCUUUUAAGUGGUGGUGCUUCUCUUGGAGCUUUUCAUGUUGGUGUAGUUAAAACACUGGUAAAACAUAGACUCUUGCCUAGGAUAGUUGCUGGUUCAAGCGUUGGAUCCAUUAUGUGUGCUAUUGUUGCCACUAGGCCAUGGCGAGAACUUCAGAGUUUCUUCGAGGAUUCGUUGCAUUCAUUGCAAUUUUUCGAUCAAAUGGGUGGAAUUUUCGCGGUUGUCAAGAGGGUCGCAAUGCGCGGAGCUGUUCAUGAGAUCAGGCAGUUGCAAAUGUUGUUGAGGCAUUUAACAAAUAAUCUUACAUUUCAAGAAGCUUAUGAUAUGACAGGUAGAGUUCUUGGAAUUACGGUUUGCUCCCCAAGGAAACAUGAACCUCCUAGAUGUCUUAACUACUUGACGUCACCUCACGUGGUUAUAUGGAGUGCUGUAACCGCUUCUUGUGCAUUCCCUGGCCUUUUUGAAGCUCAAGAAUUGAUGGCAAAGAAUAGAAGCGGAGAUAUUGUUCCUUACCAUCCUCCUUUUAAUCUAGGUCCUGAAGAAGGCUCCACACCGUCACGCCGGUGGAGGGACGGUAGCUUAGAGAUUGAUUUACCUAUGAUGCAGUUGAAAGAGCUAUUCAAUGUCAAUCAUUUCAUCGUCAGUCAGGCCAACCCUCACAUUGCACCAUUGUUGAGAUUGAAGGAGUUUGUAAGAACUUAUGGAGGCAAUUUUGCUGCCAAGCUUGCUCACCUUGUGGUGUUGGAGGUGAAACAUAGGUGCAAUCAAGUACUGGAACUUGGCUUUCCCUUAGGUGGACUUGCCAAACUGUUUGCUCAAGAAUGGGAAGGUGAUGUCACUAUUGUUAUGCCUGCUACCGUUGCUCAGUACUUAAAGAUUAUACAAAACCCUUCUUUAGGAGAGCUUCAAAAAGCAGCCAACCAAGGCAGAAGAUGUAGCUGGGAGAAGCUUUCAGCCAUAAAAGCAAAUUGUGAAAUUGAGCUUGCUCUUGACGAAUCUGUAGCACAUGUCAAUAAUAUGAGAAGACUAAAACGAAUUUCUGAGAGAACUGCUUCUGCCUCUCAUGGUUUGUCAAGUACUGUCAGAUUCAGCGCUUCAAGAAGAAUUCCUUCUUGGAAUUGCAUGGCACGAGAGAAUUCGGCAAGUUCUCUUGAAGACCUUACGGAUGCUGCUUCUUCAUUGCAUCAAGCCAUUGGCAGUGACUCUGAAAAUGUUGAAUCAAUAUCUUGGACAAGAUCUGGUGGCCCUUUGAUGAGAACCGCUUCAGCAAAUAUGUUCGUCGACUUUCUCCAAAACUUAGAGGUCGUUGAUACCGAAAUAAAUAGAGGCGUGGUGGCGCAUGCUAGCCCUCGUGAUUUUCAGUAUCAUAGUUUCAGACACACAGGACCAAAUAGGAACUCAGAAUCUGAGCAGAAGGAAAUCGACAACAGGGUUGCGAGUGGAUCUAGCAUUGUGAUAAACGAAGGUGAUCUUUUGCAGACGGAAAAGAUUCAUAACGGGAUUGUGUUUAAUGUUGUCAAGAAAGAAGCCUUAACACCUUCGGAUAGGUGUCAUGAUUUUGGAAAUUACAACAAUGAAGUUGUUGAAUGCGACCAAAUUGACAGUCCAGGGAAGGAGAUGGAUACUGCUAGCUCCGAUUCUGACAACGAAAAUGCUGAAUCCACACCUUCUUUGAGCUUGGAUCAAAACACUGUUGAUAGUAGUUAGUUAGUUCCAAAGAUCAAUUAUUUGUGGUGAUUUUUGUUUUUAGUAUUUUGGUUCUAUUGCUUUCCCAAUUGUAAAUAAAUACAAAUUCUAGUCUUGGAGGGUUUCUAUUCAUGAUUUUUAUGGGAA